CCUCCUCUUUUAAUUCCUUCAUACUUCAAAUAUCUCUCCCUUAUAUUACACACACUCACACACAAAAUCAUGAUGUCCCCAAGUGCUUUCCUUAUGCUAGUCAUGCUCAUGGCUUUAGCCAUUACUAGGGUAACACCAUAUGAAAAUGACUCAUUUCUUAAUGAUGAGGAUAGUGCUACAAAGCAAAACAACCUUGAUGAUGUUCCUUUCUCUGAAACCCAAGAACCGAUUUCUCUUCGAGGAACAAGUCGCUUCCUUGCUCAAAGCUCCCGGGUCGUGAUGACAUGUAACAAGUACCCUAGGGUUUGCCAUGCUAAGGGCAGCCCAGGGCCAGAUUGUUGCAAGAAGAAAUGUGUGGAUGUGAGGGUAGACAAACUUAAUUGUGGGAGGUGUGGGAAGAAAUGCAAGUACACAGAGAUAUGCUGCAAAGGUGAGUGUGUGAACCCAAUGUCCAACAAGAAGCAUUGUGGAAACUGCAACAACAAAUGCAAGAAAGGGACUUCCUGUGUGUAUGGGAUGUGCAGCUAUGCAUAAAAAGACCCCAACUUCAAUAAAUUAGAAUAAACUAUUUCCUUAGAAAUGAUUGUAUAACUUAUUAAGAAUGAUAAAAUUACUACAAAUUUUACUAUAAAAUUUUUAAAAACUAAUGUUAUAAGGAAUGUGAUUAGAGCCACCUUAACAAGAUAAUAGGUGGAUCUUAUAUGACAUAUGUAAUAAAAUCUGUGACAUCCCUAGCAUCACUUGUAACUUAUAUUAUAAUAAUUAUUUAUAAAUUUAUGAAAUGUGUAUCUAAAGGCAAGUCAUCAAUAUAUCUGAUAGGAUUUUGUCAUUU